AUGACUAGGGCCAAAGCUCUCAUGUUGGUGGAAAAAGAUAAUGUAUUGAUAUGGCCGAAGCACACAAGGAUUACUCCAGCUAAGAGGUAUUCGAACAAAUACUGUCGGUUCCACCGAGAGAAAGGACAUGAUACAGAGGAGUGCUACCAGUUGAAGGACGAAAUAGAGCGGUUGGUUCGACAGGGGUAUUUCAGGAGACAGAACCUUCAUAAUUUUGAAGAAAGGAGAUGUGAUCGAAGAGGUAGGUCGAGAAGCAGGGAUCGCAGGCCAAAUUGGGCAACUGAACGAGAGAACCAGACGGUAGGAGAAAAUGCGCCUGUGAAAGGCAUCAUCCAUACUAUCGCAGGGGGAUCAGUGGGAUGGUCGAGAAGAGCUAGGAGGAGAUUUGAAAGAGAGAGUAGGUUGGAGCGACGUAAGCAAGGGGUAAAUAUGACGGGCAACCCCGAGAUCGUGUUCGGAGAUCGAGAUGUAGGUGCAAGGAUCGUGACAGAUAAUGAUCCAAUGGUGAUAAGGAUGGAUAUAGCAAAUUUCACGGUCCAUAAGGUUUUGAUAGACAAUGGGAGUUCGGCAGAUAUAAUUUUCAAAGAAGUGCUGAAUAAGAUGGGGCUUGAUAAUGUAAGGAUGGAACCAGCGAGUACUACGUUGGUCGGGUUUGGAGGAGGCGAGGUUGCAUCGCUGGGGACGGUGGAUUUACCCGCAUCCCUGGGAGAAGAGCCAAAGCGUAGAACGUUAAUGGUAAAAUUUUUAGUUGUUGAUAUGCCUUUUGCUUAUAACGUUAUCCUGGGGAGACCCGGACUUAAUUCUUUCAGGGCGGUAGUGUCAACAUACCACCUCAAGAUAAAGUUCCCUACUCAGUCCGGGAUAGGGGAAGUCGUGUGCGACCAGAUUGAAGCUAAAAGGUGUUAUAACUUGUCCUUGGGAAAGGGUGAGAAGAAAGAAAAGAGAAAAAUAUAG